AGCGGCUUUGAGGAAUUCCUGCGCAGAUCCCAGGAUGACGUUUGCUCUGCCGGUCCGUGCACAGGAACGCCCCCACCAGGGUCCUCCCGUCCGACAUGCGGAUGCGGAGGCUGCGGUUGAGCAGCGCCUCCAGGCGCUGCCGCCCCCGGGGGGGCCCCGCGACCCCCGGCCCGGGCUCCUGGGGGGGCACCGGGGAUGGCCCUUGCGGCGGUGGCGCUGCCGUAAAGCGCGGGCGAAGAUGGCGGCGGUGACGGUGUGGGAGCCGCGGGCCGGGCCGGGCCCUGCCGGGCCGCACCGGGAAUGGACGGCGGAGCCCGUCAGCACCGGCACCACCAUCAUGGCCGUGGAGUUCGAUGGAGGCGUCGUCAUCGGGGCCGACUCCCGGACCACUACCGGGUCCUACAUUGCCAACCGUGUGACAGACAAGCUGACCCCUGUCCACGACCGCAUCUUUUGCUGCCGCUCGGGCUCGGCGGCCGACACGCAGGCGGUGGCCGACGCCGUGGCCUACCAGCUGGCCUUCCACAGCGUGGAGCUGGAGGAGCCGCCGCGGGUGCGCACGGCCGCCCGCCUCUUCCAGCAGAGCUGCUACCGGUACCGUGAGGAGCUCAGCGCCGGCAUCAUUGUAGCUGGCUGGGACCCGCGGCGGGGGGGACAGGUGUACGUGGUGCCGAUGGGAGGGCUCCUCCUGCGCCAGCCCUUCGCUGUGGGAGGCUCAGGCAGCUCCUACAUCUACGGAUUCCUGGACGCCACAUUCCAGCCCGGCAUGAGCCGCUCCCAGUGCCAGGAAUUCGUUGCCCGUGCACUGGCCCUGGCCAUGGUGCGAGACGGCUCCAGCGGCGGCGUCAUCAGGCUGGCAGCCAUCACAGAGGACGGUGUGGAGCGGACAGUCCUGGCCGGCUCCGACCUGCCCUGGGGCGAUGGUGGCCCCCCUGUCUGAGGGACUCCCCUCGCAGGAACCCCAAAUUCGGUGGGGGAGACAAUAAAUGGCUCCGCUGCCUCUGCUGGA